AUGACGGCCACGCUACAACACCUCAAGAAAUUCGAGCUUGCCCUACUCGCAGAAAAGUUGAAAAUCAAGCACCCGGCGAAGCUGAAUAAGCCGGCGCUUGUGGCGCUCAUCCAGGAGCACUUGCGGGCAUUGAAGGAGCCACUCGAUGUGCUUGAGUAUCCCGAACUCAGCGAGUAUUAUGACAGCGCGGGCGAGUCGGAAGGCGAGACGGACGCAGAGAUUUCCGGGGAGGAGGACGGCGACGAGUCCGGGGAGGACGCGGACUCGGCCGGGGAGCAGGAGGGCGAGUCCGGGUUGCAAUGGUUUUCCAAACUCCGGUUUGACAAAAUGCGCCCGGCCAGUUCGCAGUUCAGCUUCCAGUUUCACGAGCUUCUAACUGAUGUACAGUCCAACAUUGCGGACGUGAACGAGUCGAUACAGGACACGCUUUCCACCAUACCAGCGAUCAGCGCCAUCUUCUACGCGCUUGAGGCGUACAUGUAUAUCAUCCAGCCAUUUUUCUCGUUCGACUGGAGCCGGCGGCCAUACUUUGUGCACUGCACGCUAUCCCACACGCAGCUAAUAUCGCUACUUGCGUUCUGGGGCACCUUUUCGUUCUGUGUGCCUGCUGUCGCGGCAUACUAUAUCAACUUCAUCAGGUACGAUCUCCCCCAGGUGGAGAUCGACCCGCUAGUGUUCCACGUCACCAAAUCCCUACUCGCCCUCUUCGUGGGCCACUACUGGAGACCUGGCUUGGUGAGCGAAGCAACAUACGUCGUAAAGGAUUCCUUUGGGCGCGCCAAAUUCUCAGAACUUAUCCGCCAUGGCCUGGCCUUUGCUCAACUCCAGUGGGCGCUUAAUCUACAACAAUGGCCUCUAAUAUUCGGUAUCACUGGAGUAAUACUGUGCUUAUACGUCCUAUGA